UGUCUUUAUAUCUUUUUUUCAAUUGGAAUAUAUUUCUACAAUCUUUUAUCUCAUUGUAGAGAGAAAUCCAUAGUAGUUAAACUUCAGUACAGGAGGUGGCGGUAUGCAUAUACAACGUUGGUUGCGACCCGCCAUAAAAUGAAGAAGAAGAACUGUUGAUGGCAUGAGUCUUGGCACCUCUCUGUUUCCGUACACCCAGAAGUCCAGUUUCACAACCGGCAGCAAGCUGAGCGCCGGAGUCCGGCGUGACAUUCAGCCGCUGUUGAGGCCUGACCUGUCUGUGUGUGCCUGCCAGCAUGACACUUCUUCACAAGGCACUUUCUUUGACAAAAAGGCGACCUCUCACUUCAGUAGGCGUCACUAUUAAGAAGGUGCUCAUCAACAACUGCCGACCAUGCUGCUCAGCUGUGCUCCCCAACAACAUGAUUCGCAACAUCGGCAUCUCCGCGCACAUCGACUCGGGGAAGACCACCUUGACCGAGCGUGUGCUGUACUACACGGGGAGAAUAGCGGAGAUACACGAGGUAAAGGGGAAGGAUGGCGUUGGAGCCACAAUGGACUCCAUGGAGCUGGAAAGGCAAAGAGGCAUCACCAUCCAGUCAGCUGCUACCUACACAAUGUGGAAGAACCACAACAUCAACAUCAUUGACACACCAGGUCACGUGGACUUCACCAUCGAAGUAGAGCGAGCGUUGCGAGUGCUCGACGGCGCCGUGUUGGUUCUCUGCGCCGUGGGUGGGGUCCAGUGUCAGACGAUGACGGUGAAUCGGCAGAUGAAACGCUACAACGUGCCCUUCCUCACCUUCAUCAACAAAUUGGACCGCAUGGGCGCCAACCCUGGACGAUCUCUGCAGCAGCUGAGAACCAAACUGAACCAGAAUGCAGCCUUUGUGAACAUCCCCAUUGGCCUGGAGGGGAACAUGAGUGGCAUCAUCGACCUUGUAGAAGAGAGAAGCUUGUAUUUCGAAGGACCUUUUGGUCAAGUCAUCCGCUAUGAUGAGAUCCCAGCAGACUUUCGCGCGGAGGCAGCAGACCGGAGGCAGGAACUGUUUGAAUGUGUCGCCAACGCAGAUGAAGCCUUAGGAGAGAUGUUCUUGGAGGAAAUAAUUCCAACCACUGAUGACUUGAAGGCUGCAAUCCGCCGGGCCACAGUGCAGCGUCUCUUCUCGCCAGUGCUGGUGGGCACGGCGCUGAAGAACAAAGGUGUUCAGCCUCUGUUGGACGCUGUUCUCGAUUUCCUGCCCAACCCCACCGAGGUCAAAAACUACGCUACCCUCAAUAAUGAAGAUUCCAGUGAGACAUCAAAAAUCCAGUUGGACCCGACAAGAGACUCCACAAACCUCUUUGUCAGUCUAGCCUUCAAACUGGAGGCGGGUCGAUUCGGUCAGCUGACGUACAUGAGAGUGUACCAGGGAUGCUUAAAGAAGGCAGAGUACAUCUACAACACACGCACAAACAAGAGAGUGCGUGUGCAGAGGCUGGUGCGCCUACAUGCCGAUCAGUUGGAGGAUGUGGAUGAGGUGUAUGCAGGUGAUAUCUGUGCUCUAUUUGGUAUUGACUGUGCCAGCGGAGACACUUUCACUGCCAAGACCAGCCAUAACCUCUCUCUGGAAUCAAUCCACAUCCCAGAUCCGGUCAUUUCUAUGUCCAUGAAGCCAGCCAACAAGAACGACUCGGAUAAAUUCGCUAAAGGCAUCAACCGUUUUACCCGGGAAGAUCCGACGUUCCGUGUUCUUUUUGACUCUGAGAGUAAAGAGACCAUUAUCUCGGGCAUGGGAGAGCUGCAUUUGGAGAUCUACUCCCAGAGGAUGGAGAGAGAAUACAACUGUCCUUGUGUGAUGGGAAAACCUAAAGUGUCUUUCAGGGAGACGAUCACUGCACCUGUACCGUUUGACUUCACUCACAAGAAACAGAGUGGAGGUUCCGGUCAAUACGGUAAAGUUAUUGGCGUUCUUGAGCCGCUGGAGUUGGAACAAAACACCAAGGUGGAGUUUUUAGACCAGACUAUGGGAACCAAUGUCCCAAAGCAGUUUGUUCCGGCUGUAGAAAAGGGCUUCAGGGAGUCGUGCGAGAAGGGACCCCUGAGCGGCCACAAGAUCGCAGGAGUCCGAUUUGUCCUGGAAGAUGGGGCAAAUCACAUGGUGGACUCCAAUGAGAUCUCCUUCAUCCGUGCAGGAGAGGGCGCGCUAAAGCAAGCUUUGGAAAAGGCCAACAUCACCAUCCUGGAGCCCGUCAUGUCGGUAGAAAUUGUGGCACCUCAUGAGUUCCAGGGCGCGGUUAUUGCAGGCGUGAACCGUCGCCAUGGCGCCAUUACAGGGCAGGAUGGUGCUGAAGGAUAUUUCACCUUGUACGCCGAUGUUCCACUCAACGACAUGUUUGGCUACGCCACCGAACUACGCUCCUGUACUGAAGGGAAAGGCGAGUACACCAUGGAUUACAGCAGAUAUCAGCCCUGCCUGCCAAGCACACAGGAAGAACUCAUCCACAAAUACCUGGAGGCUACAGGCCAACUGCCUGCUAAGAAGAGCAAGUGGAAGAGCUGAGAACUUUUUUAGCAUUUUGUGGACUUGAGUAUUACAGUAUGUAUUUCCUUCAAGUCAGUUUUAGUCAUUUAAUUAUGUGGAGAGCAAGAUAGAUCGUCUCCCUUUGUCCAGCUUGCUCUGUGAAAUCGCAUUUAUUGUAUUACCGUACAUUUUUUAGAACCGUUAGAAAACAGCAUCCAAAAAUGGUGGUUAAACAGAAAAUCAUAGGAAGCAUAUUUGGUUACUUAAUGAAUUUUCAUAAUUCAUCUACAUACAGUACAGGCCAAACGUUUGGACACACCUUCUCAUUUCAAUGCCUUUUCUUUAUUUUCAUGACUAUUUACUUUGUAGAUUGUCAUUGAAGGCAUCAAAACUAUGACACCUGUGAAGUGAAAACCAUUUCAGGUGACUACCUCUUGAAGCUCAUGGAGAGAAUGCAAAGAGUGUGCACAGCUGUAAUCAGAGCAAAGGGUGGCUAUUUUGAAAAAACUAGAAUUUUAAAGAAAUAUCCUAAAACAUACAGUAGAGGCCAAAAGUUUGGACACACUUUCUCAUUCAAUCUUUAUUUUCAUGACUAUUUACAUUGUAGAUAGUGACAUCAAAACUAUGAAUGAACACGUGGAGUUAUGUACUUAACAAAAAAAAGGUGAAAUAACUGAAAACAUGUUUUAUAUUCUAGUUUCUUCAAAAUAGCCACUCUAUGCUGUGAUUACUGCUUUGCACACUCUUGGCAUUCUCUCCAUGAGCUUCAAGAAGUAGUCACCUGAAAUGGUUUUCACUUCACAGGUGUGCUUGAAGCUCAUGGAGAGAAUGCCAAGAGUGUGCGAAAAAGUAAUCAGCGCAAAGGGUGGCUAUUUUGAAGAAACAUGAAUACAAAACAUGUUUUCAGUUAUUUCACCUUUUUUUGUUAAGUCCAUAACUCCACAUGUGUUCAUUCAUAGUUUGGAUGUGACAAUCUACAAUGUAAAUAGUCAUGAAAAUAAAGAUUGAAUGAGAAGGUGUGUCCAAACUUUUGGCCUGUACUGUAUGUUACAGUAAAACAGCAUUUUUUUGAAAUCUUAGCAAUCAUAAAGAAAACGAAAAAAUAAUCAAAUAUGACGUUAAAAUAGUUAUAGUUAAUUAAAUAUAAUGUACAUUAUAAAUAUUUCAUACAAGUUAAUUAAAUAAUACAAUUAAAAGGUACAUUUUUUUUUGGUUAUUAAAAAUUGCAAAAAAAUAGAGCAAUAACAAAAUGAAAGUAUAUCAUUAUAAAAGUAACAUUUUCUAUAGGGAUUAAUAUACAUUUGAAAAAAGGGUUAUUGGAAUUACACCAGUGAUAAUUUAUUGUUAAAAUAAUUAGGGAACAAAGUGGGGUUCAGUAUUUUGUGUGUUUUUGCAAGGGUUGUGUACUAUGUACAGACGGGCCUUGAUAUGAACAUGACUGCAACAAAGACAAUAACAUUUUGUCUCAUCUUAAUAUUGUGACUUGUUUGAUUGAUUGAUUGAUUGAAACUUUUAUUAGUAGAUUGCACAGUACAGUACAUAUUCCAUACAAUUGACCACUAAAUGGUAACACCCGAAUAAGUUUUUCAACUUGUUUAAGUCGGGGUCCAUGUUAAUCAAUUCAUGGUAAUGUCUACUCUCUCUCUCAUGUGCGAGCAUUCCUCAGAGUUCUUACCUUCCAA